CCAAUGCCCAUAUAAGGUAUCUGACACACUAAAGUGGAAUUUGUUCGGUGACAAAUUUGAAUUGGCGAAAGGAGAGCGUGUUUAAGGCUCGUCUCCGUUAUCUCGAGUUCUUUCCGAGAGGACUAGCACGACUAUGCUCAUUUGCCUCCGUAGCGUCGUGCUGUGUUAGCUUGACUUUCUCCAGAAGGAAAAGAGGAAGCAGUUCCGCCCUCGCAAGCUGCGGUGAGGCCGAGUUUGAUAGAAGCGACUGCUCCCAGGCAGCGGAACUUUACAGAAACUGAUCUUUUAUCGCUCCCAUUCUCGAGAUUGUUUUUUUUCUCCUGUUUUCAGGUGGAGGUGAAUGUAAAAAUGAGUUUGACGUUUUCAAGUGCAGUUUGAAUUUGUCAUACAAACCGCCCGCGCGUUGCUCUACCGUGCAAAGAUUUCAUUUGGACUUUGAGUUUGCUUUUUGAACUUUGCAGCCGGCGGGCGGGCGGGCUGCCUUGAGAUUUUUGUUGCUGUCGUGAACAAGUCUUUUAAAAAAUGAGCGGAGACGAGGAAAGAUUCAAACUGGUGGUGGUGGGAGGUGGAGGAGUGGGGAAGAGCGCCCUAACCAUCCAGUUCAUUCAGUCCUACUUUGUGUCAGACUACGACCCGACCAUCGAAGACUCCUACACAAAGAUUUGCACUGUGGAUGGAAAGGAGACUCGCCUGGACAUCUUGGAUACAGCAGGUCAGGAGGAAUUUGGAGCAAUGAGGGAGCAGUACAUGCGCUCAGGGGAAGGCUUCUUGUUGGUCUUUGCACUCAACGACAGGGGGAGCUACCACGAGGUCCAGAAAUUUCACACUCAAAUCCUUCGAGUGAAGGAUCGGGAUGACUUCCCCAUGCUUUUGGUUGGAAACAAGGCAGAUCUGGAGCAGCAAAGAGUGAUCUCCAGGGAGGAUGCUCAGGCAUUUGCCCGGGAAAAUCAUAUCUACUAUAUGGAGGCUUCAGCAAAGAACCGCUACAAUGUGGAUGAAGCAUUCUUGGAGCUCGUGCGAAUUGUCAGACGAUUUCAGGAAAUGGAGUGUCCUCCCCCUCCAACUCAUCACGCUGGGAAACAACAGAGCGGUGGCUGCCCCUGCGUCCUCCUGUAAGCAGCGUUACUAUGGACACCAAAGCCUCUCCAGCUUGUCCAAAAAGAGGUGUGAGCGUUUGUGCGAGACAGGAUUAAGCUGCGUCAUUUUCCUGUCGAACUGUUACAUUUGCACUUUCCAAAAAAAAAAAAAAAAGAAA